CCGCUUUUUCACUGGGUUCCGCUUUCAGUCCCCCUUCGUCAGUCCUGCGGGCUCGGCCCCUGUCCCCUCCUCAGGGGGCGAGAGAGCCCGUGCAAUACGCCUGCGCGUUUUGGGCCUCCCGGGACUACACGUCCCAGCGGGGCGAGCGGCUGGCGCCACGGCUGUGGUCAGGUGACCAGGUCGCCUGACCUGCACUGAAUCAGGGCCGGGCGGGCGGGGCCGCGCCGGCCGCUGCUGCUCGCCCUUGGUCCCUAAUCCCCUCGCGGGCCCCUCAACGUGGGGCAACAACGUUCUUGGCGCGUCUCCGGGUGUUGGGCUCAUCCCUACUCGGAUUGUAUCCUAGGAACCUGCUAACUGUGCCCAUGGAGAGAACUUCACCCUAAGCCCGGGAUUCUGAUCCAAGAACUGGAAGUUGACAGCUUGGCUACCUUGCUCCUGGACCUGCCUCCUCUCACCAUCUCAUUUCUUUCCCCAGGAUUGUCAGUGGGUUCGCCCCGAGGAGAGCUGACUGCCCUGGGCUGCUGCUGAUCUCCGGCAGACAAACUGUCAUCAGGAGCUUAAAUAGCACAGAAUUUCACGGCAGUGGAUAUACCAGCAUGGCAAUUAUUUAUGGAGUGUUCUCAGCUUCAAAUUUGAUCACGCCAUCCGUGGUUGCCAUUGUAGGACCUCAACUCUCUAUGUUUGCUAGCGGUUUAUUUUACAGCAUGUACAUUGCCGUUUUUAUCCAGCCUUUCCCAUGGUCCUUCUACACAGCCUCUGUUUUCAUUGGAAUUGCAGCUGCUGUACUUUGGACAGCACAAGGAAACUGCCUGACAAUAAAUUCAGAUGAGCACACUAUUGGGAGAAACAGUGGAAUUUUCUGGGCACUCUUACAAUCUAGCUUGUUCUUUGGAAAUCUCUACAUAUAUUUUGCUUGGCAAGGGAAAACUCAAAUAUCAGAGAGUGACCGAAGAACAGUGUUUAUUGCCCUGACAGUGAUUAGCCUCAUAGGGACAGUUCUUUUCUUUCUCAUUCGGAAACCAGAUUCUGCAAACAUCCUGGGAGAAGAUGAGUCUUCUGAUGACCAGGACCUGGACGUCAACGAGUCUGCCCAGAACAAUAUGACAAAGGCAGUAGAUGCAUUUAAAAAGUCUCUUAAGUUAUGUGUCACCAAGGAGAUGCUGCUUCUCAGUAUUACAACUGCUUAUACAGGUCUGGAAUUGACUUUCUUCUCUGGUGUAUAUGGAACCUGUAUCGGCGCUGUAAAUAAAUUUGGAGUAGAAGAGAAGAGCCUCAUUGGACUUUCUGGCAUUUUUAUCGGCAUUGGAGAAAUUUUAGGUGGAAGCCUCUUUGGUCUGCUGAGCAAGAAUAAUCGUUUCGGUAGAAAUCCAGUGGUGCUGUUGGGCAUCCUGGUGCAUUUUAUAGCUUUUUAUCUGAUAUUCCUCAACAUGCCUGGGGACGCCCCUAUUGCUCCUGUUGAGGGGACUGAUAGCAGUGCCUACAUCCAAUCCAGCAAAGAAGUCGCCAUCUUCUGCAGUUUCUUGCUGGGUCUUGGAGACAGCUGCUUCAACACCCAGCUGCUCAGUAUUUUAGGUUUCCUCUAUUCUGAAGACAGUGCACCAGCUUUUGCAGUCUUUAAGUUUGUUCAGUCCAUUUGUGCAGCCGUGGCAUUUUUCUACAGUAACUACCUUCUCCUCCAUUGGCAACUCCUGCUCAUGGUGAUAUUUGGGUUUUUCGGAACGGUUUCAUUCUUCGCUGUGGAGUGGGAAGCUGCCGCCAUUGUAGCCCGGGGCUCUGACUACCGAAGUAUUUGAGGGAGAGGAGGCAUGCCUCUUCAGACAACACAGCUGACUGACAGAGCUUGGCUGUAGAAGCCUCCUUUCAUUUUCACAAUACAUUGGAUGAUGGUUAGUAGGGGAAAAUCAAGGGCCUGAGACUGCUAACUCUGCCAGAGUUGGUAGUCAAGUUUACAGAUAUUAGCUGUUCAAACAAGAGAAUAAGGGAAACCUGUUCUGUCAGUUGUAAUUGUUCAAAGAUGUCUUUCACUUCAUCUAUCUCAAGUUCCUUAUAAUCAUGUUAUAGACCGUAAAUGUUUUCCUCUCCCUCAUGUUUCUUUGAAAGAUCUCGCCUCGAUUCAAAAUACUAGGCCAUCUUUCAUGUAGGGAUUCUUGCUGGGUAUCAAGUAUGUGUUACUAUGUAAUAAUAGGGAGCAUAUGGCACCGCACAUAUGUGUCUGGUAAUGAUAUUUCAAUAAAUAUUGAGAUGCUGAAAUGGAAUCCCAUCUUUGAAAAGAUCUGCACUUUAUUCCUCUUUAAAUGUGUUGGAUAAGUUUUUGUACCUUGCAGUUAGUUUGUAGCAAGGACCGGCGAGUUAAGUAUUGUAAAAUGAAGUAAAAAUUGUCUUAAGUCUUAAAAACAGCAAUCUGACAUUUGUAAAUGAACAAAAACACAUUGAAAAACCAAACACAUUUACUGGAGGAGGAUUUUUGCUAGUAAUUUUCUGAGAAGAUGCAAUGCAAGAAAAAGACCUGAGAUCAGGUGGCAGGCUGUCGUCAUGUAGCAGACACCAUUCAUUCCACACACAGGCCGGAAUGCCAUGUAACUAUUUGGGGACAUAUUUACUUGGAAAUGUUAACUUUCUCCAUAAGAACUUGCUUAAAAAUUUUUAAUUGACAUAUAAUUUAGAAACCAUAAAUUCACCAUUUUAAAGUA